AUGCCCCUGGAUAAUCUCACUAGCGGGGCCACUGGGCAAAUUCCUGUUGACAAAGUCCAAUCAACAAGCGGAGCGGUCAAGAAAAGUACAUCAAAAGCGCCCAAGAAGCUAAACCGAACGACAAAGGACCUGGCCGACCCUGCCCUGCCAGGUCAGUUUCCUUCAGACGAUGCUCCCCCCAAAGGCCAAGGCAUCGACAACAACCUCUCAUUUUCAUCGAUAUGGUCCACCAUCAAAGCAUGGUUCGCUACGCUAUUUCCUCAAGCCUUUGAUUACUUCGAAUCCUGCAUUCAGAGAUUCGUCGCCUGGUUGCUUCCUCCGCCUCGUCAAGCUGCGAUGUAUGAAGCUGCAUUGAAGCGUCCUGCCGCAUCAACCUUGAUCGUUUGUCAAAUGAUUUGCUGUGGAGUUCCUUUACUGGUAUUCCUGGCUGGCGUGUUCGUCUUUGCUGCGGUGUCGAUAUUGCUCUGGGCUGUUCUAUCGUUGCUCAUUCUUGGCCCCGUAUUGUUGGUCACAAGUAUGAUGGGCAUGUCUCUGUGGGGUUGGGGUUGGAUUCUCUAUGGUUUGGUCAAGUGGGCUGAUCAGAAAUUCUUGGGUGGUUUGAUUGCACGUUACUGGCUUCCUCAGACACAAUCGGAGUCCACUGAUGGGGAGGGUCAGCCCGAGGAGGAGAAAAAGGAAAAGAAGGAUGAGUAA